UCGUGGAUUUCCAUUCUUAGGGAGGGGACUACUUUUUUAACGACUGGCAAGUCUGUUAUGGUGCCAUAACCACUUUGGUGUCAGCGGUGGUGAAAGUUAAACAGACAACAUCAGUUCGGAUGCACUAGGACAAGAAUACUCAUAAAUACAAUCGUUCCGUGGAUCAAAGAUACAUCUGAAGAUUGUUUGCGCAAUACACUGUAAUUCCUUAAAUUCUUAACUCAAUCUUUCAAUGGACUAGUGUUCCUACAGAUGAGGAACUAUAUAACUGGAUUAUUUCACACAUAAUCUAUACAUAACUCUGGAUUAUUUCAAACAUAUGAAUACGGAUAUUGUUUUAUAAACUUAAUUUGUAUAAUCAAUUAAUUAUCGCUAGUGAUUAUUUUAAAAUAUUUAAUUACGAAACUAUUUAAAAUCAAUCAAUGCAAAUUAAAAAGGAACAACAAUAGCAGCAGCGACAAACAAACCUGGAAUUUCAAGUCCACAAAACUAACAUUUAAACCUGCGAGGGAUGAACUCGAGUGCAAUAGGAAGAAGACAGAAAUCUAUAAUUGUAACCUAAUUGUCUUCAAACCAAUCAAACGGGCCCCCUGCAACGCUCCAUCAAGUUACCAUCAUGUCAUCCACGGCUAUUCCCAGUUUGCCCCACAACGGCAGCAUGGACCACUACGACGCGUUCCGCUACGAGUACGGAUACGACUACAACUACGACGACUCUGUGAACAGCCUGCCCCUGGACGAGGUGAUCCCCGCCGGCCUCGCCUACUCGCUCAUCCUGCUGCUGGGACUCGUCGGCAACAGCCUCGUCAUCUUCUCCAUCGGCUACUACGGCCGCAUGAGGAACGUCACCAACGUCUUCCUCAUGAGUCUGGCGUCGGCGGAUCUCUUACUCAUACUCAUUUGCGUUCCUAUCAAGUUUGCUGCAUUUUUCUCCUUCACUUGGACUUUUGGCGCAUUCCUGUGUAAAGCCGUCCACUAUAUGCAAAACGUCUCCAUGAUUUGUUCUGUGUGGACUCUCACGGUGAUAAGUAUUGAAAGGUUCGUUGCUAUACGAUACCCACUGAAGGCGAAGUCACUAUGCACGAUGCGACACGCCCAGAUCGUGGUGGUUUGCGUGUGGCUGCAGGCAUUCAUAAUGGCCUUACCGAUUAUCUUUGGCAGGAACCACAAGCAGGUUGGCGUCGUCCGCGUGGCCUACUGGUGCCAGAAGGAGUGGUCGCGACAAAUGUACUCCAUCUUGUACGAGAUGUACAUGCUCAUCGUGAUGCUUGUCAUCCCGGGAGCCUUGAUGCUGACCACCUACAUCUUCAUCUCUCUGGAAGUCUGGAGGCUGGCAGGAAUCAGAGCCAACAUGAGGUCAGGCAGAGCUACUGGUGCGAAAUUACAGGUUCCCCGGAAGUCGUGUUCGAAGAGUGACUCUGGAGACUCGUCAUCUGUCCCUUUGACUGCUGGACGCAGUGACGCGUCGAGGUCAAGGCAAAAGAAAUCCCAGAGCGAUGACCAGGAAACAAGAAAACAGGUCGUUCUCAUGCUGAUGGUCGUGGUGCUCGUCUUCUUCGUGUGCUGGACUCCCAUCAUCAUCAACAACGUGCUCACGGCGUUCGGCGUCAUCGAGCCCCUGCACCACGGCUGGCUGCGCUACAUGCGGCUCGCCUUCUUCCUGCUGUCCUAUAUGAACAGCUGUGUGAACCCGAUCGUGUACGCCUUCAUGUCCAAGAACUUCAGACAGACGUUCAAGUUCGCCGUCUGCGCCUGCAUCAAGGGCAAGGCCUUCGUGCGCAUGUAUCGAUUCAGCAGAUCGUUCAACAGCACCCGCACGUCCGUGCUGCACACGAACGGAAGUGUCGUCUAUCCGAAUGAGCGGGAAAACAACAGUUCCGACGUGUUCAGGCCCAUCAUGACUGUAGCAGACGAGGAGGUGGAACUUCAGAAAAUGACUUCAGAGAAGUCGAGAAUGGUCUAAACUAUUGUCUGUGCAAAACAUAAAGAAAAUCUAUUACGCAUGGGUUUUCUUUCUGAAUUUCAACGGGUGAACAUAUUUUCUGAAUGUCCGACGGUGAAAAUAUAGAGUACGACUGCAGAUGAGGAAGUUGGACUUCACAAAAUGACACGACUGAGAAUGGUCUAAUCUCUUGUCAUUGCAGUUAAAUAAACGUACUAGUAUCAGUUACACGUGGGUUUGAUUCUGAUUUUCAACAGACGAACACAUAGUAAAUCAUUGGUUGAGUGUGACUGCAGAAAAGGAAGUUGAACUUAAAAAAGUGAGAUAGUCCAGAAUGGUCUAAAGUCUUGACUCAUAAAUAUACCAUAUCCAUUACACAUGGGUUGUUUUCCUGAGUUUCAGCAAGUGAACACAUAGUGUUCUGAAUGUCGACAGGUGAACAUACUGUGGAAGUAAAUCACUGGCUGAGUACCUCUGCAGAUGAUGAGGUUGACCUUCAGUGCAACAAAUAAACGAUAUUUGUUACAGGUGAAUUGUUUUCAAAAUUCUAGCAGGUAAAAAUAUAUUACAAUAGUAAAUCUCUAGCUGAGAACAGCUACAGACGAGGAGGUUGAAGUUCAGAAAAUGACACACGUCGAGAAACGUUUUGUGUAAUGAACAUACAUCUAUUACACGUCGGUUUGUUUUUCUGAAUUCCAGCAAGUGAACAUAUUGUUUCCUGAAUGUCUCUAGGCGAACAUAUUACGGGAAGCAAAUCAUUGGUUAUUACAUAAGCGAUACGUGUAAAGAUCGAGGAUAAUAAUGUCUGUAAAUAAUGUUGUAAAUGAGUUUUGCGUGUUUUAAUGUACAAGAUGACACAGUUUUACGGACAUGAAGUCGAAUGCUUAUUUCAUGAGAGAUGGCAAGUUCCUAGAAGAAUAGAUACGCAUUUGAAAACAGAAUGUAACCAUUCGGAUUAACAAGAGGCCUUGCAAAGAGAGCUGAGUGGGUGGGUAGCCGCUGGAAGGGCGUCAACUUCCACAUCAUCAGAAACCGAAAAUUAACAUUAGAUUGUCAUUAUUUUAAUAUUUUCAUAAUACAAGCUACAUAGAGCAUAUUUUAGGUAUGUAUUUUAUUGCCUAUCCAUCGAAUUCUAGUAACCCCCGCACUCUCAUGGGACCGGGGAUGACGAGUUCGAUGAACAUUUUACUUCUAUAUUGGUAUAUGUAAGAUAUUAUGUUGUACCGUAUAAACAUGCAUCGUAUUUAACUUCGGCGCCAUUACAUGUAGCAUUAAAGUUAUAUAAUGGGCAAAGGGAAAUAUAUGACAUGUCCUUAAAAUAUUAAAUAAAUUGGUUAAAGUACGACUGUCUUUAGAAAGGUAUCUGAUCUUUAAAUGUAUUCGGUAUGAAUUUACAAACGACAAAAUGUAACAAUGUUGAAUCGGUAAUGAAACGAUGUAAAUACAUGAAGCCAAGUUAAUUAAUGGGAACAGACACGGCCGUGUCAAAAUAUCCCUUUAACUCUGUCUUAUGCAGAUACGAUUUUGAACAAAACUGUUUUGUCGUUCAUAUUAAAGAAUAUUAAAGAGACAGUUACUAUUAUAUUUACAAACAAUAUAUGAUACAUCAUAUGCCUCGACCUUGACAUAAAAAACAAAAAAAUGAAUUAUGAUGACUCUCCCGAAGAUGAAAAUUGGUUAAACCAAAUCUCGGUAAAUAUCUAGAAUGUUUCAAAACCUGCAGUCAAAUGACCUGUAGUACAGUGCAUUUUUUUUCCAUUUUCCACUUAUAUGUAAGAACCAUGCAAAUGCAUAUUCCAUUCAAAACAUUAUUGGUCACCACAUUACCAAAAGCUAAGCUUAAGUAACUUUUGAUGUUGAUGUAUACAUAUAUAAUAUAUCAAGUUUAUUCAUCGUAAAUAUUUUUAUGCAUACUUUUGUAAAACCACUAAUACUCUAAGGUCUUUGAGUUAAACUGGUGACCUUUGACCUGGAUAUAGACGAAACCAGUCUAAAUAUUUGUAUUGGUUUUUUAGGGUUAUUUAUUUUAAUUAAUUAAUUUAUUUAUUUAUUUAUUUUGCUAAAUUACAUUAAUUCUUGCGGGCAAAAGCUGCUGCCCAUUUAUAUUUAACUUUUAUAAUGUUACAAAAGUUGAUUUGAAAUGCACUUGCACUGGUGAGUUCUAAGCUUAAAUUUCAUCUGGGAGAACAUAUCUUCGAAUCUCGUAAGGCAUUUUCGGGAGACGUGUUUUAUUAUUUUAUGUUUAGUUAGUCUGCAUAUUUCCCUAUGCAUAAAUGGUUUGAAUAAACUUCAUUUUGUGAUUGAAGUGUAAACAAUGGUUCAAAUAAAGUUCAUUUUGUAUUUGAAGUGUAAACAAUGGUUUAAAUACAUUUUAUGGUUGAAAUGUAACAAAAACAUUUGCCUUUCAUAUGAUCAAUUCUGGAAUAAUCAUAACUAGUUCGCAGCUUUUCAUCAUCAUUUUCAAUAAUUAUUUAUAAUUACAAGUGUCUCUGACAGGGCAGCCCUUUGACAAAAUCCAUGUAAAAAGAGAAUCUUACAAUUAAAAAUUCCUAGUCUCGUUAUUUUAGUUAUAAUAGUUUUAUAUGAACAGAUGCAGUCCACGGUGAAUGCAUUUAGAACUAAUGUAUUGCUAAUGGAACAUCAUCUUAUGUGAUGUGAGAUAGAAUUAUUAAUGUAUAUAUUAUUUUUCAAAAGUCAUUGCUCAUAUUACCUUUGUGUCAAUUUUCACCAAUCCAUAACGUCAGAAAUAUAAUUAAUGACAAUGAUGUAUUAUAUAUAGAUCAUUGCGUUACUGAGUAUAAACAUAUGUAAUAAAAUGGAUUUUAGUCGUU